CAUUCAUCGUUGGAAGAUCCGCACAAAACGAUAUACCAUACUAAAAAGCGUACUAAAACUACACCGUUUUCCAUGAAUUUUUCUUAAAAAUCAUGCAUUGAUUUUCUUUAACUUUGCUACGGCGAAUGCUAUAUCCGCCACAUGACUGAAAGAGACGACCGUAUGUGUUUUUGUCGUUUGUAAUGGACCGAACGGAGUCAUUUUGUCUGAACUGAAUUCCCAUGCCAUUUUAUAUCGUCAGUAGGGUGAAAAGUGCGUGAGGAUAUAGUUUGCAUGCACUAAAGCUGCUAAAUAUUCUGUGUUGUACUUGUAUGUGACUUGCAAAAAGAAAAACAGAAAAGAAAUUGUUUUAAAAAUAAUAAUAAUAAUAAUCAUAAAUAAAGAAAAACAUUUUACUAUCUCCCAAGAUGUGUUUAUUGUAAUGUUAUUUUAUUCAUUUACGUUUAUGUUUGAUGGUUUAGUCGAUAGAGAGUUUUUCCGCAAACGAAAAAUAUUUUAUUGUGUGAAGUAAAAUAAAAAAAAAUGAACGCGGAAAUAUUUUCUUUUUCAUAUAAGUUCAUUUGAGUGUGUUUUAUGUAUGUUUACUUGGAAAAAAAAGCUUUGCAACAUAAUAUUAUGUACAUAUACAAUGAAAGAGCAGGAUAGGCCACCCAUUUGGAUCGUCUCCAAUUUUGGAUUAAAUUUUUCGUAGGUCCAGAGAUGUAUCAAGGGUUUAGUUCGCUUUUAUAUAACAUCAACGAAGCAAGUGCAGCGUAAUUUUGCUCUUGAAUUUUUCUUUUCUCUGUGUGUUGGAGUUUUCAGUCACGUUAGAUCCAUCUAUGACGUCGGAUGAAUUUGAUCAAAAAAAAUGAAUUCACAAUUGCCGGGCAGCUAGUCAAUUUUUCAAAAUCACAUUUUAUUUUAUAAUUUUCCAUCGCCGAAAAACAUCUUUGAUAUACAUAUCGCCUACGAUCCGGACGUAUAACCAAAAAUAAAAAUAAAUGAAAAAUCGUUUGUGGUAUGGAUUAAGUGGCAAACACCGCUAUUUGUGUGCAUAAAAUGUUGGCAGCGGCACAAGACGCACACACAGAUCAGGGCCCAACUGUAAAUGAGCCCCAUAAGCGAAAAAGCAAGAAAAAGAAAGGUCAGCAUGACGGACCUCUGCCAACAUCACUAUUUAUAUUCACAGAGAAGAACAUCGUUCGAAGAUGUACCCGAUUCCUUAUCGAAUGGCCGCCCUUCGAAUAUGCUGUUAUACUAACAAUUAUCGCAAACUGUGUUGUGAUGGCAUCCGAGGAGCAUUUAUCGAAAAAGGAUAAAACCAUUCUUGCUCAAGAGCUGGAGAGCACAGAAUCAUAUUUCCUGUGCAUAUUCACCGUCGAAGCAACUGUUAAGAUUAUUGCAUUAGGGUUGGUACUUCAUGAAAACUCGUAUCUUAGAAAUAUAUGGAAUUUUAUGGAUUUUUUCGUUGUAGUUACUGGGAUCAUCACCCAAUUACCACAGUUGCCAGAUCUAGAUCUCAAAAUAUUAAGAUCGAUUCGUGUUCUACGACCUUUAAAAUUAGUAUCUGGAGUUCCUAGUCUACAAGUUGUAUUAAGUUCAAUUAUAAAAGCAAUGGCACCGUUACUUCAAAUUGGACUGUUGGUCUUAUUUGCUAUUGUUAUUUUUGCAAUUAUUGGUCUGGAAUUUUAUUCGGGGAUAUUGCACAAAACUUGUUAUUUAAUCGAAGAUUUAGAUCAAUAUGUUGAUGAUCCUCCAAGCCCAUGCCAUCCCGUCAUAGCAUCCGAACCGGGUGAACCGACAGGCGCAAAUUUUUGCGUGAACACAACGUCGGUGUGUUUGGAGAAGUGGAUUGGUCCGAAUAAUGGUAUAACCAGUUUUGAUAAUAUAGGAUUUGCUAUGCUUACGGUAUUUCAGUGCAUAACUAUGGAGGGUUGGACGUCAAUAUUGUAUUGGACUAAUGAUGCUAUCGGUUCAGGAUUCAAUUGGAUUUAUUUCGUACCUCUAAUAAUAUUGGGGUCAUUUUUUAUGCUCAAUCUUGUUCUUGGCGUUCUCAGCGGUGAAUUCGCUAGAGAAAGAGAGAAAGUAGAAAAUAGACAAGAAUUUUUAAAACUGAGACAACAGCAGCAAGUCGAAAAAGAACUGAACGGAUAUGUUGAGUGGAUAUGUAAGGCCGAGGAAAUAAUAUUGGGCGAGGAUAGGACAACGGAAGAGGAACGAAUGCAUAUAAUGGAAGCUCGACGAAAAGCAGCAGCCAAAAGGAAUAAACUAAAAAAUUUAGGAAAAUCAAAAUCGACUGACACAGAAGACGAAGAUGCAAGUGAAGAGUGCACGGAAGAUGGUUUUCUUAUAUCAAAAGUGAAAUCUCUAGGAAAUUGCAAAGGCUUUUGGAAAGCUGAGAAACGUUUUCGAUUUCGGAUCCGACAUGCAGUUAAAGCACAAUGGUUUUACUGGUUCGUUAUUGUUUUAGUGUUUCUUAACACAAUUUGUGUGGCAGCAGAACACUAUGGACAGCCAAAAUAUUUGACUGAUUUUUUAUACUAUGCCGAGUUCGUUUUCCUCGGUAUCUUCAUGCUAGAAAUGUUAAUCAAAAUGUACGCACUCGGCGCAGGCGUUUACUUUGAAUCCGCAUUUAAUCGUUUCGACUGUGUAGUGAUAUUAGGUUCCAUAUUUGAGGUAAUUUGGUCAGCCCUCAAAGACGAUUCAUUCGGAUUGUCUGUGCUACGAGCACUGAGACUGUUGCGAAUAUUCAAAGUUACCUCGUAUUGGUCAUCGCUACGUAAUUUAGUUAUAUCGUUGUUGAAUUCAAUGCGAUCGAUCAUAUCGUUGUUGUUUCUCCUCUUCCUGUUUAUUCUGAUAUUUGCGCUGCUGGGCAUGCAGCUGUUUGGCGGUUCAUUCAAUUUCGAUGAAGGAACACCGCCCGCCAAUUUCAACACGUUUGCAAUAGCAUUGCUGACGGUCUUUCAAAUAUUAACCGGAGAGGAUUGGAAUGAAGUUAUGUAUCAUGGAAUACAGUCGCAGGGUGGCUAUGAAAGUGGAAUGAUGUACUCACUAUAUUUCAUUGUGUUGACAAUGUUUGGAAACUAUACGCUGCUAAAUGUGUUCUUGGCUAUCGCUGUCGAUAAUUUGGCGCAAGCUCAAGAACUAACUGCUGCCGAAGAAGAAAAGGCCGAAGAAGAUAAAGAGAAGCAAUUGCUUGAACUGCAAAAGGAAAUGGAAGCACUGAAGGGUGGCGACGGAUCAAUUGGCAAUAUUGAAGCUUUGACAAGAGAAGAAAAGAAGAAGGAAGAAGAACAAAAAGAGGACGACGAACCGAAAGAUGGUCCCAAGCUUAUGUUACCGUAUUCAUCGAUGUUCAUUUUAUCACCCACAAAUCCAAUUCGUCGAGCCGCACAUUGGGUUGUAAAUCUACGAUAUUUUGAUUUCUUCAUUAUGCUGGUGAUCGGUAUGUCAUCGAUAGCGCUAGCCGCCGAAGAUCCCGUGAAUGACAAAUCUGAACGAAACGUGUUCUUGAACAAUUUGGAUUAUGCGUUCACCGGCGUAUUUACGAUAGAGUUUCUACUAAAAGUUAUAGAUUUAGGCAUUAUAUUGCAUCCGGGAAGCUAUCUCCGUGAAUUUUGGAAUGUUAUGGAUGCAGUAGUUGUGAUAUGUGCGGCCGUUAGCAUCGGUUUUGACUUGUCUCUUGAGGGUGAAAAUAAAGGAGCUGUCGCACAAAAUCUAUCCACAAUAAAGUCGUUACGUGUAUUAAGGGUAUUGCGGCCACUUAAAACUAUAAAACGUGUUCCAAAGCUAAAGGCUGUGUUCGAUUGUGUCGUUAACUCACUUAAAAACGUUGUAAAUAUAUUAAUCGUGUACAUAUUAUUCAACUUUAUUUUUGCUGUAAUUGGCGUUCAGUUGUUCAAUGGGAAAUUUUUUCAUUGCACUGAUGAAAGUAAACACACUGCCAUUGAUUGUCAAGGUUCGUUUUUCACGUAUGGUGGUUCAAGCAGUCUUCCGGAAGCGAAACCACGAAAAUGGUUAUCACAAAGCUUCCACUACGAUAAUGUUGCAACGGCGAUGUUAACACUAUUCGCAGUGCAGACUGGCGAGGGAUGGCCACAAGUACUCCAAAAUUCCAUGUCAGCGACUUAUGAGGACAAGGGACCACUUCCGAAUUUUCGCAUCGAAAUGUCAAUAUUUUAUAUCGUUUACUUCAUAGUGUUUCCAUUCUUCUUCGUUAACAUCUUCGUGGCCUUGAUUAUUAUAACAUUUCAAGAGCAAGGUGAAGCCGAGCUGCAAGAUGGUGGAAUCGAUAAGAAUCAGAAAUCGUGCAUCGAUUUCGUUAUCGGUGCACGUCCACUGGAACGAUAUAUACCAAGCAAACGUACCGGAUUCAAAUACAAAAUCUGGCAAUUUGUGGUGUCGACGGGUUUCGAAAACUUCAUCAUGACGCUCAUUGCAUUCAAUACCAUUUUGCUAAUGAUGAAGUCACACAAUCAAGGACCAGUUUAUGAGAAGGCCACCCGUAUCAUCAACAUGGUCUUCACUGGCUUUUUCAGCUGUGAAACAAUUUUAAAGAUAAUCGGAUUUGGUGUGAAGAACUUUUUCCUGAAAGAUCCAUGGAAUGUGUUCGACUUUGUCACCGUUAUCGGAAGUAUAUCGGAUGCGGUGAUCCAGGAAACAUUGGGUUCCGGUUACAGUAUAGGUUUUCUAAAAUUGUUUCGAGCUGCCCGUUUAAUUAAAUUAUUAAGACAAGGUGCCACUAUUCGUAUGCUUCUGUGGACCUUUGUACAGUCAUUUAAAGCCCUUCCCUACGUUUGUUUGCUGAUUGCGAUGCUGUUCUUUAUAUAUGCCAUCAUCGGGAUGCAGAUGUUCGGAAACAUCGCCAUAUCCGACGAGCGUUCCAUCAAUAGGCACAAUAACUUUCAAUCAUUCAUCCAAGGACUGAUGUUACUGUUUCGCUGUGCAACUGGAGAAGCGUGGCCUAGCAUAAUGUUAGACUGUUUGAAGCCACAAAAAUGUCAGUUGGUCUAUUUCCGGAACGGAACAAUUGACCAAAACGCGUCGAAGAAAGAAGAUGAAACUUGUGGGUCGCCUGUAUCGUAUGCGUAUUUCGUGUCCUUUAUCUUUUUCUGUUCGUUUUUGAUGUUAAAUUUAUUCGUUGCUGUUAUCAUGGAUAAUUUCGAUUAUUUAACCCGAGACUCCAGUAUACUUGGUGCUCACCACUUGGAUGAAUUUGUUAGGAUUUGGUCCGAAUAUGAUCCAGUCGGAACAGGUAAAAUCCACUUUACUGAAAUGUAUGACAUGCUGAAAAACAUCGAACCUCCACUGGGCUUUGGCAACAAAUGUCCGUACCGACUAGCGUACAAGAAACUGAUACGCAUGAAUAUGCCAGUCGAUGUGGAUGGCAAGGUAGCAUUUACGACAACACUUUUCGCCCUAAUUAGAGAAAAUUUGGAUAUUAAGAUGAGACUUGCCAAUGAAAUGAAUCAAGCUGACGAAGAGCUUCGAGAAACGAUUAGUCAAAUUUGGCCACUACAGGCAAACAAAAUGCUCGAUCUAUUGGUGCCACCAAUUCAUCAAUUGAACAAAAAUAAUUUAACCGUCGGCAAGAUCUACGGUGGUCUAUUAAUUUUGGAAACGUGGAAAAACACUAAGUUUUAUGAGCUGAAAAUGCAGAAGGAGCAAAAGUUACUUGAAGCCGAAGCUCUGGCAGCAGAAGCAAAACUUCAUCCGGACGGCAUGCUCAAUGGUGAUCUAAGAAACGGUGAGUCACCACUAGAUCGGACGCCGAGUCCACGUAACCGCAUUGCAUAUCAUCCUCACUACGAUACCGGUUUCUUUGAUACGAUAUCGAAUGUUGUAGAAAAUUCGAAAGGGAGCAGAGGUCUGCGAAGACAACGUCGUCAUUAUCCGCUAGCAAGACAUCGAAGAGGUUCAUGGUCUGCGUCAACGAGUCCAGCUCGUUCGCCGUCGCCAAUUCGUUACUCGCAUAGUAACGGUCAUCAUCGUAAGCGCAAUCGUAAAUUUGGUACCACUAGCCUAUGUCAAAAAUCGAGAUCACCCAGUCCCGAUCAACUCUUGGAAUUACACGAAAUAGAUAGACUUAGGGAAAUGGAAGGUCACCUAGUUCAACAUAGUCAUCCGGUUUUAAUGAAUCGCAGGGGACAACGAAGAAGAUUACCUCCAACUCCAAACAAACCAUCAACUCUACAAACAAGGCCAACUAAUAUUAAUUUUCCCAAAUUGAAUACCAGUCCAACAUACGCUAGUUAUUUCACACCCCAUAGUGUUCAAUCCUUGCCACAUUCUCGUGAUAUUUUACGUGAUCACAAAGAUUCCUUUUAUACUAGCAGUAAUCGUGAGCGUAUACGUGAUGUCGGCCUUCGGUACGAUUACCGAGACCGUGAACGCGAACUCUUCGAAUGGGAAUGUGAUCGAGAAAGAGAAUUUGAACAAGCGCUAGCAUCUCCCGUCUUAAACGGACACACGCAGCGAGUGUUGUAUGUGGGUCCGAGUGUGGGAUAUUCGGAUGCAGAUGAUGAAGAUUGGUGCUAGCAAAGACUGUUACUUUAGAAAAAAUAAAAAAAUUAUGAAAACGAUAACGUUAAGAUUAAAUAAAAAAAAAAAUAACAAAAUGAGGAAUGAAAACAGACAAAGAAUAAAUUUGUAAUCGAAGGCGGAAAAGGUUUAACUAUUAUUGGCCACCUCAGGACAACUCUUACAAUGUAUCAAACAAUAGGAAAUAAAUUUAUUUAUACGAAAUUAAAUGAAGAAAAUUUUGACGACAAAAAGAAAUAUCUCUCUGAAACAUAAACAUAUGAUCAUUAUUUCCCUCAGUUUUUAAUUUUAGAAAAAAUAAUUUCAAAAAAUAAAAUAAAAAUGAUAAAAAAUCCAAAAAAAAAUCAAAAAAAAAUUGAUUGCGCGCCUGUUGUCACAUCAAUAGCCGUUUAUAAAGUACAUUUUAAACAUUAUAGUCCAUUUUGAUAAAAACUCAUACAUACACUUAUAAUAAUAUGCUACUACUGCCGAUAUGAGAAUGUUUGACGUUGAUUGAUCGAACGAAAAGUAAAAUGAAAGAAAGAAAAAAAAAGUUAUUUAAAAAAAUUGAAAUAUAGGAUAUUGCCAUUGUGCCAUAUUUAUAGCAUUUUUUGAUCUUAUUGACAAUAUUAAUUAUAUAAAUUUUAUUAAUAUUAUAAAACACCCAACACAUACACACAGACACCCACACAUAUUAUUAUUAUGAUUAUUAUUAUUAUUACUGUCAUAAUUAUACGUUGUUUACAGUUUAAAAAGAAAAAGAAAUAUGAAACAAACCAGAAUAUUAAAAAAAAAAAUUAAAAUAAUAUUUCAACCAAAAACAACACAAAAAAUAAAUAAAUUGAAGCAAUAAAAUUACUUUUUGCAUAUCCCAUGUAACAUUUAUAUAUCAGAAGUGAAUCUUGUCGAGCAAACAGAUAAAUAUAUAUAUUUGUUCUGUUUCAUUCCUGUAGAUUUUUAAUGUUAUUAUACCAAAUAUUAUAAAAGAAAAUUAACCAAAAUUGUAAAUAUUAAACAAACAAAAAAAAUAAUUAAUUAUAGUCAGCAUUUAUAUAUAGUAUAUAUCGCUCUUGGUAGCCAAAACUGAAAGAAUUUUUAAAUUUUAUCGUUUAUUCGGUAGCAAUGUAUACGAUGAUGUGAAAAAAUGGGAAAUGUUUUACUGGUUAUUCUGCCUCAUUUCUUCUGUAUUGUGUUAUCCCUAUUUUAAUACCAUCAAGCGUGGAUACAGUAUUGUAUCAUUGAGCCCUUGAUAUUUUAAACAAUGUGAGGUGCUGACACAGUCUUCUAUAUGGGGUUAUUAAGCUCGUAGAUGGUGAAAAAGAAGCGAAAAUCUUAAAAAGCUGAAGUUUUUCAAGUGAGUCUCCAUUUCUAAACAUUUUGGCAAACUAACGAAUUGAGUCAGCACCAUGCCAUGCUCUAAUAUUUCAAAUAUUUAUGUUUUUGUAAUGUGUGAAUCGAAAAUCAUUUUUUUUUUAAACAACAGCUUUUGAUUCAUGGUUUUUCUGUUCAUCUGUCCGAGUGACACACUUUUUUUUUUGCAUGAAGCACCCAUGCCAAAUAUAUUUUGACGAUUAGGAAGCUACGGAAGCUCUUCACCAUCUCCACCAUUAAAAUAGCCGUAAUUUGAGUUUCAAGCAAUGACUAGAUUGACAAGAUCUUUUUAGUAUUUAAAUGUACCGCUGAAGCUAAAAUUUAAUCGAUACCUUGAGAGAAAUUAAAGUCACACAAUGAAGUGAAAUGAAGUGAAGUGGAAAUGGGAUCAUAACAUAGCGUGAUCGUAAAUUGAUCAGAAAUGAUCAAAACUAUAACUGAUGAAAAUCUUACCAAUCUUUGAGAGACAUUUGAUGAGUCACAUUACCAGUAAAAUGAAGUAAAUAAAUUGAUGCUUGACGAAUUGUACACAUUUGCAGGAUUGAUAAUGAUUUUAAAAUAUAAAGAUUUAGUUUCACACUGAAAUUUGUUUGCAAAAAAACGGUAAAACAUUUUCAACAUCAAACAUAAAAUUAAAACGAGAUGAUCUAUUUUAUACGCACACCAAAAAAAAAAGGAAAUUAAAGUAAAUCAAAGUGUUACCUUUGGCGAAACCUUAUCACGUCGCAUUACCCCCCAUGAGGGGAAUAUUUGAGAUAUUUUUGUUUUACCAUUUAGUCAGCUUAUCACAAAACUAAGUUGGCCGAAAAACAACUCCCGACCAUUUAUGGUACUCUAAUGCUCUUCUUACAAAAACAAAACUCAUAAUCAACGAAAACAUAUCAAGCGUUACAAAACAGACAUAUCUAAAAAGGUCACGCCUGAUUUCUGUAAUUAUUGAAAAAAAAAACGAAAACAUCUCUGUUCCAACGUCGAAAGCUUUAAAUACAUUUUGUGUGAUAAUGCGUGAAAAAGUGAUGGCUGCUAAUUAUCUUAUAUCCUAUUCACAGAAUAGUUGUUACCAUAUUACGUAAGAUGUGAUGUUAACUUAAUGGGUUCGAAAAAUAUUUACUGGAACUACCAACAUAUCCAAUUAGUACAUUCGGAUACCAAAACGCAGACAUAUCGAACAAAUGCACUUUCUGAAUCAAACAUUUUGAAUGAUAGACAUAGGCAAACACAUCUGAAAUAUUUUUGAAUUCAACAUCAACAUUAACCAUUUGUUUUGUCAGUGUAAUUGCAUAGCUGAACAGUUAAUCGUUUUGAUGUAUAAUUGACAACAAAACUCCAGAACAAUUGAGAGUUGUAUGUACAGAGGCUAUUAAAUGAAGUUUGUCCAUAGAAAGUUCAGAAUCAAGGACUAUUCAAAACUCAUAUCAAUAAUUUUUUUUUGUGUAAGGGAAAGGGAAAACCACCUCGGUUCACAUCGUUAUUUCGAAUUAAUUUAAAGUAUAAAACAAGUGUUCAUUAAAUAGCAACUAUACCGAUUUUUCUGAGAUAUCCUAGUGGCAUAGAUCAAAACAAAAAAUCCGUGUGCAUUUCUAUGAGGUUACGUGACCAUUACGACAAAUAUAAUCAAAACAAAUUUUGAAACUUUGAACCAUAUCCGAUAAUCCAGUGGCUCGAUCAUUGAAACAUCUUAAUCUUACGUAAAUUGGAUUUAAUUUAAAUUUUAAACUCUGUUUGCUCGGCUCGAUUCGAAAACAGUUUUACGUAACUGGCGAAACUAUUUAGCUUUUUCUUAAUUUUAAUAUAAAUAUAAAAAGAAAACGAAAAAAAAAGAAUAAAAUUUAAUAACGAACAUAUGUUAUCUUCCAUUUAACUUCAAAUUAAAUUAUAGUAAAAAAAUAUUAAAUUAUAUAUAAAAAAUGCAAUUUUUAUAAAAUAUUAGUCAUUAUAGGGGGAUGUAGCCCAUUAUUUCAAAAUUAUUAUCUACGUAGAAAAUUUUAACAUUAAAAAAUAACAAAUUAGACGUCACCAAAUAAUAAGAAAAAAAAAGUUUUUUAAUUUGUUCGAAGCGUAUAACGUGUUGUUUCAAAAAUACAUAAAUUAUAUUUAAAGAAAAAAAAACUACAAAAGCAAGAAAACAUUAUUUAUAUUAUAUACAAAUGCACAAUAAGUCAUCCAUUCGACCCCUGUAUAAAGACGACAAAACAAAUAUAUCAUAAAAAUAUCAUUAUAAACAGAACACGCAUUUUAAAAACGAUUUUAUUCCUCGAGAAAAAAAAAUAGAAAUUUAAAUUUUAUUUCGUUCAAAAUAUAAAAUCAGUUUCGAUUUCAAUUUGUUAUUUUUUAGUGGUAUAUAUUAUAAUGCCUAAUGUAUAAAUAAAGAAAAGAAAACAAAAUAAAUCUAGGCUCAUAACUUUAUACAUAUAUACUUCAUCCAUAAAUAUAUUCCAUUAAAAUUACUUAAAAUAGGAGGUUUAGGUUAAGUCUAACAAAAUUAUACACUGUUGCUUAAUAAUAAUAAUAAAAUAAAAAGAAAAGAAAAAUAAAAAUGAAAAAAUAAUAAAAAAUAGUAAAUAAUAGCAAUUAUAUAAAAAAGAAAGAAAAAAAACACAUUUUUGAUUAUAUGAGCCGAAUACAUGUUGACAACGUUCAAAACUCGCAUAGAUUCUGAUAAAAAACAAACCAAAAAACAAAACAAACAAAACAAACAAAAUACCUUUUCUAAGACACCAAAUCAGUAGGUUUGCACAUGAUUUUCUUUUAUAUUUUCGUCUAAGUAUCUGUUAUCACUUAACGUUCCAAACGGUUAGCCGAAUGUUUUCAAUCAAAGCUCGACAAUGUUCAAACGAAUAAAGUAAAAGUUUUAAAAUCAAUUUCGGAAAAAUAUUUCAGUCAAACGAUGUAAUAGAUCCGAUAGUAGACGUCACUUCUGUGAUUGAUCUUUUUAGUACUGAUUAAGCAUAGCGAUUGAAAUACAUCCCUCGCUGGAUAUAGUGAAGUCGAAUUAGCUUCAUAAAAUUGUUUUGGGUUACAAUUUUUAAGAUCGUGGAAAUUUCAGGGGUCCCAUAGACCUACCAACGCGUUCGUAUCUAUAUACAGCUAUAUUGAACUAUAUAAACCUAUAUUAAACUGUAUACUACUAUAUUUAGCUGUAAAAUGCCCACUUAUAGUUAUUUAUAGCUAAAUAUAGUGGAAAACAGCUUUAUAUGGCUGUGUAAUAGUCAGUUUAGUCAGAUCUUACUUUGAACAUUGGUUUAAUAAAUUUGAAUGUCAAAUAAUAUAAAGAGAAGUUUAAGUGUAAAGACUUAAAGAUACAUAAACUUUUGUCGUAAGAGUUAUAUUAUGUCAGACUAAUUUGGGUGCAAAGAUUCCGAAAAUGCAAUCCAUCGGCUGCUACCAAUGAAACACUCAAUUCUUGAAUCAAAUUCCUUCCCUAUACUAAAUGUAGCGCGUAGAUCGAUGUUAUGUGUGCUAUCAACGCACUUCAAGCGAUAGUGGUACUCUAAACAAGAAUUCUGAAACUGAACAGUGAAUCAUACAUAUUUUUGGCAUUUUUUUUUUUUCAAAUGAAAUAGUACUUCAUAAGAUCACGUUUGCUUGAAGUUGGUGACAAAUCAGACAAUUUCCAUAUCAUUGGAGAGGUGCAAGGUACCCCGAAAAUUCGUUCAAUCAACUCUGCGAUAUUGUAAAAUAGUCGGAUUCAAGAACGUUAUGAUGCAGUUAAAUUAGCCUCGGCAAGCUACGAAUGGGCCUGGGUGUGGAUUUUUAAGGUGUUACACACACUGAAUUUUAAAAACCGACACAUUUUCUGUUUCUGUGUUUUACUUGAGUUUCUGAUAACUUCAUAUAAAAAUACAUACAAAAUUCACAAAAAACCAGUAAACCACGAAAUAGAAAAUGUGUCAGUUUUCAAAAUUCUGCUACUGUAAUUAAAAUCGACGCACUCUAAUAUUCACAAAAUAUUCACUAAACAAAAUUCUUCAUAUAUAUAUCCUUUUGGAAACGAGUAAAAAUUCGAAUUUUUUCGCUGUCUUUUCACACGAAACUUUUUUUGAAAACAAUUUUUCCAAUAGUGUAUCGAAAUCCGGGCUUUAUCAUAACAUAGAUCACGCACAUACAUUAUCUCGUGUCAACGGCAUACAGCUGAACUUAAGAACUGAUAUCUCUACACUAUCACAGCAGAAAUGACUUAAUUUGAUCAGCACUGUUUUAAUGUGAUUAUUGAAAUGCACUGUCUAUGUGAACCAGCUAUCAUGAUGACUAUUGCCACUUUUAGUGUAAGUGGAAGUGAGCUGAUAAACAUAUUUGCUUUGGUGUUAUUAAUUAGCUUAAUUGAAAAUCAAUGUUUUUUUAAUUGUUGUUAUUACAGUAAGAAGCAUUCAAAUUUCGGCAUGUUUCAGCUGUGUUUCAGCUGAUCCAUACAACCAAUCAAAACUGUUUAUACGUCUUUAUAGGGUUUUACCACGCGCAUGCGUGUAACAGCUUCAAUCUUAUGUAGAAAUUUCACUGCAUCUAACUGUAGUGAUAUUUUUCACUAGGAUUUGUUUCUAAGACUCAUUCUUCAUUUCUAAAUUAUUUGUCAAAGUUUACGACUUCGUUAAUUGCAGCAUUCGAAUAGAACUAUUGGAACAUUAAAUUCAUUUUUUGUUGUUCUUGUACUGAUCUGACACAGUGCUCUAUUUUACUAACGGUGGUAAAUAAGCGACAUCUAACACACUCACACAGACUUAAUUCGAUAACUAAGUAUCCGAAAUAGGCUCACAUCUGCUAUCGACAGCGAUGUCGGGAAAAAGGAGCGAUUAGAUGUGACUAACCCUUCUUAUAUAUAUCCAAACCAACCCACUCCGACAAAAAAUGUAUGAGAAUAGCGUGAAUAGUGUCACACCCUUGAUCCAAACAUAAUUUAAAAGCAACCGAAGCAAAAAAUAUUCUGUAUCAAGAAAUACCAGAAAACAAUUUAAACACAAGAAGUACCAGACUCAAUCACUACAUUGUUAACCAGUCUUUAACUUCUUCGAAUUUUGACUCACUCUGUGAGUGGUAGUUUCCCUAAGAAACAUCAAAAAAGGUUUUUAAGAAUAGAAUUGAAUAGAAUCUACUAGGGUCAUACAUACACUUGAAAGUUUUAUCCUUCUAUCUAUCUCUCACUUAGCUAACUGGAUUUAUUUUGACGAUUCUCUACAUCCGAAUACGUUUGAAUGCCUCUUUAAUCAUUCUCCAGAGCACAUUUUCAAUCCGAAUGGUACACCACACCAGUAGCACCAAACCACAUUCAAUUAAAUUUUUGUUUUUAAAUAUUUUUAUGUAGAAGCAAAACGUGAACAUAACAGCAAAAGGUAGAUUUAUGCAUCCAAACAUCAUUUAUAACGAUCAUAACGACAAUCAAAUGUGUAUUCGGACUUUAACAUAAAAAAAUAAAUAAAAUUUAAUUCUUCUCCUAGUUGAAUAAUAACAAAACCAA